UUGAUGUCUAUUUAAACAAUAUUGCUGUUACGAUUCUUCCGCGGCUGCCUCAAACCGCCUCAUGUAGUCACUGAUGGAUGUGAGAGAGGGAGUUUUGGGGAGCAAGAAUGCAGGUUUGAAGAGAGUGUGAAGGUGCUACCAUGAGAGAGAAGAUGGCCACAGAGGAGGGGGCCGAGGCAGACCUGGGGGCUGUGACCCAAGCACCACUGAGCCUGCAAGGCAUUAAAAUGGAAGAGCAAGCACCAUCAGCCCUCAGAAUGGGAGAAGCCCUAGAAAAAGCAGGGCAGGCUUCUUGUGUCCUUCGUGCCAGGAAGCUCUGGCAAUGGAAGGUGUCUCCACUGGUCAAGGAGGAGCCAGAUGCAGGAAGGACCCAGCGCUGGGAGGUCCAAGGCCCAGAGACAGAACAUCCCCUUUCCUUUGGAUGGGGGAGAGCAAGGCCCAUUGAGGCCGAACCUUGGGAUGACAUCCUGGCGCUUUUCGCUUCCUUCGAGCACGUGGCCUACGCCUGCCAGUGGCCAAGGGAAGAGUUGGUGGCCCGGCUUUUGCCAGCCCUGGGCGGGGAAGCCCAAGAGGCUUACCUCAGUUUGGACACUAGUGACAGAAGGGACUAUGGGAAAGUGAAGGCUGCCAUUUUGAAGAGGGAACCCGUGGCGUCGGAGAAGCGGAGGAGGCACUUCCGGCAGUUCCAGUACCAGGAGUCAAGGGGGCCGAGGGAUGCUUGCCGGUGGCUCCGGGAGCUGUGCCGUCGUUGGCUGAGGCCGGAGAGCCGAACCAAAGAGCAGAUCCUGGAGCUGCUGAUCCUGGAGCAAUUCCUGACCAUCUUGCCAGAGGAGGUCCAGAGCCAAGUUUGGGAGCAAGUCCCAGAAACCUGUGCCCAGGCGGUGAACCUGGCUGAGAAUUUUUUGGCAAGGCAGCAGGAGGCUGAGAGGCAGAUACUCCAGGUGUCAGGGCCAUUCGAGGACAUCCUCGUGAGUUCCCCAAGGGCAGAGCUGGCUCCAUCAGACACCAGGCAGAGCCUCCUCUGCAGGAAGGCCAAACAGGCAGGUGGCGGAGAUGCCAGCUCUCUGGGUUCUUCUGACACAGAGGCGACAUGGGACUCACUGGCAGACGAAGGGGGCCCUGGCGGAUGUGGGAAGCGAGACCCUUCUUCAGGGGCAGCUGGUAGCUGUGGAGUGGCGUCCAGAUUCUCUCCCCUCCCUGCACCGGCCAGAAAUGAAGAGUAUGGAGAGAGGCUUGCAGGGGCUGAGAGGCUCCCAGCGCACCCGGGCGCCGCCAGCAGGGACAGCGCGUACCUGUGUUCCCAGUGUGGGAAAGGGUUUCGUUGGCCGUCGGCGCUGGCCGUCCACCAGAGGACCCACACGGGGGAGAAGCGGCACCGCUGCGCCGAGUGUGGGAAGCACUUUGGCCAGCGCGGGCAUUUGACGGUGCACCGGAGGAUCCACUCGGGAGAGAAGCCGUACGGGUGUCCUCAGUGUGGGAAGCAGUUUGUCGACUCCUCUCACCUCACCAAGCACAAGAGGACACACUUGGGAGACAGGCCCCACCACUGCGCUGAGUGCGGGCGAAGGUGUGCCAAUAAACGCUCGCUUGUGCAGCACCAGCGAAUUCACAGCAGGGAGAAGUCCUAGGCCUGGGGCCUCUUUUGAGAUUCAUGGACUCAGUUAUUUUGCUGUAAGGCGGAGAUUUAGCCCUUCAGGUAUCACUGGUCUGCAGCUGCCAUCAUCACUGGCCAUGCUGGCUGUGACGGAGGACCAAAGGUUCAGAUCCUCAUUCCUGGUGUAACUGAAGAGAAAUGACUCCCUUUUUCCACCCUUUGUCUCCCUGGGGGAAGAAACCAACAGAUGCUCAGGGGUCUCCUUCCAUUUACCUCCAGAGCCCCAUUAACCUGUCCCCCUAUCCAAACAAAAGCAGCACCUGCUGCUCUUACUCAAUUAGCCUCUUUGUCUUUGGUCCACCAUUUUGUUUCCAUUGCAGAGGUUUUAUGAGGUAGAAUAGGUAACUCUCCCCACCUCCGCCACUACAUAAGGUAGCAUGAGGUA